CACCACAAACUGUCACAUGAUUUUCACCUGACAUUUGCUAGCUUCUGCGAAAAAAGUCUAUCGACGCGAAUUCCAAUUUAAAAGGAACUUAUUUACAUCAACCCGUCGAGCAGCGUUUAACGAAGCUAGCAAAAUGAAAAUUUGUGGUCCGAAAUGCUCCCUAUGCGGAUUGAUUAUCUCCGUUUGGGGCAUUGUGCAGUUGGUGCUCAUGGGUCUGUUCUUUUACAUACACAGUGUGGCACUAAUUGAGGAUUUGCCACUAGCUGAGGAGUACAAAACCUUGGAUGAAUUCUAUACGGCAGCGAAUGCUGCAUACAAUCAGAAUGCCUACAACUGCUGGAUUGCGGCGUGCAUUUACGUCUUGACUCUGCUGCUCUCUGCGCAACAAUUUUACAUGAACAGCAGAGUGACUGCCAACUAAAAUCUGUGCUUCAACUUCAAAAUCAAUGUUGCUUGGCGUGAGUGCGAUGCAACAAUCCAUUAAAGAAAAGAAACAUCAAGAACUACAACAAAAUGUAACUUGUGUGCAAUCGGCGUUGCUGCUGAUCGCAUCUAAUCACAAUUAGUAUUGAAAUGUUUUCAUGUUGAAGAAAUUUGUUUAUUUACUGUAUAAUAUCCCCAAAGUUUUUGUUGCUAAAGUUUAAAUUGAAUUGAAUAUGAUAAUAUUUAAGUCAAAUGUAUGUAUAAAUAUGUACGUAAUACAAUUGUUUUGUUCAUAAUAAUCACACAUUCCUUUCUUAGUUCUACUCUCUCGCUGUAUCGGUCCAAACGUGUAAAGCAAAAGCAACAAUUUUGUAUCAUCUAGUUCCGCCGUUAGUUAAAACAAUCUCAGAGUCAAUCUGUAUCCAUACUGUACGUCAGCUAAAUCAAUUGUAAAAAAA